AAGGUGCUUGCUUGCCGGUGGUGCAGGUUUCUCCUAGCGCGUGUGCUUUGAGCUACCUGGUCGUCAUGGAGGCUGUCUUGACUGAGGAGCUUGAUGACGAAGAGCAGCUCAUAAGACGGCAUCGUAAAGAGAAGAAGGAGUUGCAAGCCAAAAUUCAGGGUAUGAAAAAUGCUGUUCCCAAGAAUGAUAAAAAGAGGAGGAAGCAACUCACUGAAGAUGUUGCAAAGUUGGAAGCUGAAAUGGAACAGAAACAUAGAGAAGAACUAGAGCAAUUUAAAUUAGCAUCUAAGGAGAAUAAGAUAGAUUGUGUUGGUGUUGACUUUUCAAAUUUGGUUCUUGAGACUCAUGUGCCUCGGAUAUCUAAAGCACAGAAGAGACGGGAAAAGAAAGCUGCAUUAGAAAAGGAACGGGAAGAAAGGAUAGCUGAAGCUGAAAUUGAGAACUUAUCUGGAGCUAGACAUGUGGAAAGUGAAAAGCUUUCUCGAAUACUGGCAGCGAGACAGUUGGAAAUUAAACAGAUCCAAUCUGAUGGCCACUGUAUGUACAGAGCCAUUGAAGACCAGCUACAAGGACAGGAAAGCCCUCUGACUGUCGCUGCCUUGAGGAGCCAGGCUGCUGAAUACAUGCAGAGUCAUGUGCAAGACUUUCUGCCAUUUUUAACAAACCCUAAUACAGGAGAUAUGUACACUCCAGAGGAGUUUGGAAAGUAUUGUGAAGAUAUUGUAAACACAGCUGCAUGGGGAGGUCAGCUUGAGCUGAGAGCUCUGUCUCACAUUUUACAAACACCUAUAGAGAUAAUACAAGCAGAGUCUCCUCCUAUAGUAGUUGGUGAAGAAUAUCCCAAAAAACCAUUAAUUCUUGUAUAUAUGAGACAUGCAUAUGGCCUAGGAGAACAUUACAAUUCUGUCACACAGUUGGUGAACACAGCUACAGAAAACUGCAGCUAGUUUAUGAACUGUUGUCCAAUUAUGUUUUAGUACAGUGUGCCGAUCUGAGUAUUCAUACCAAGUGUUAGAUUGUUCUAGCAUCACUGAAAAACACAACUACCUUAAAUCAGUUUUAUGAAAGCUUACUAAUAGUUUUUUUUUAAAAAAAUGAGUCAGAUAAACCUUAACCGUAUCCUGUUAUUUUAAAAAUACUUUUAAGUUCACUGUGGAGAACAUCACACAUAGACCAGAAUGGUAUAUACCCUAUUCACUGAUGUUUUUGUUAAUAUGGCAUCGUGAACAUUCUGUUCUGUUUUAAAAUAGAUUUUGAGUGUUUUUCUCCCCAUUACAAAAAGCUUUCAAUAAUGAUUUCAAUAUAAUUUUUCGUGAAGAAAUGAAAUGACUCAGUCACUGUUACUAUACAGUGUGGUGAUGGUAAUGGCAAUGGCCGAUUUAACUAAUGCUUACUAAUGAACUUGAUUAUAGUUAUCUUGGUAUUGAGGUUAUGGGGAUUAGUGCUCUGAAAUUUACUAAUAGAACUCCAUUGAAGUUUGCUUUAAUAAUUAAGAAUUUUAAAAUAUUUACUCAAGUUGUUAAGUUUUAAGAAAUGAGACAGAUGCAAAGAUAAAUAGGCAUUCUCUAUCAGAUUUAAAAAUAUAAGGAAUUAAAACUUAAUGUAAUUUUAAAAACCCAACAGAUUAUAGUUUUACCAAUUCAUUUGUUAUUCCUUGCUGUUUCUUAAACUUCUGACUAGAAUUAAUAACAUCAUUUCAGACUAAAACUAUAAAUGUUUAUGUUCUUUGUAUUUUCUCUGUCGCUCCUCAGCUGUUUUGCUUUUCUUGCAGCUUUUUCCACUAAGUGUCCGUUUGUGGCCUGUCUUCUUUAACUGUUAUAAGUUGAAGGAAUAGUAACGUAAAAUGGUUCAAGGCCAAAUUUAUUUCAUAUUCUCCCUCUUUUUCAGUUUGUCUUAGAUGUCUCACAUUUUGCUUCAUUCUUUAAUAUUAAAAUACCUUUGUUACUUGUUGCUGUUAUCCUCAUUAAUGUCAUCUUUCCUUUAACUUAGAUAUUUGAGAAUUUUUAUGUUACAUAAAAUAUGAAUAAAGUUAAAAACCACUGUUUGGGAACCAAGACUGUAUAGUAACAUCAGUUUACAAAGCUUUUCAAACUGAUUUAUUCUGCUCGUAUUUCAGGUUACUCCUAACCAUGCUUGUGCAUACAGUCAUGUUUUGUAAGGAAGUAUUAUGAAAAUGUGAUUUGAACUCUUUUGCCCAAUGAGAAACCACUAGUAACAAUUAAUAUCAAGUUUGUAAUACUUAAGUUUUUGCUUCAGGGAUGCAUCUAUGUUUUGUAACUAAUUAUUAGGUUUGUAAUAUUAAAAAUGAUGUCAGCCAUCAAGUGACAGUGUGGAAAGCAGAUAGGAACUCUGGUCACCUACAGGAAACAAGUAAGGUGUAAAGGUUUUCCAAUUCAAAAAUGUAAAUUCUGCCUGCCCAACAAUAUAUUCUGAAGCCUGUCUGUUUUGUAAUUCUUGAUUUGAAUUUUUUGGGAAUCCUGAAAUUUAUUUAAGAAUGAGGUUAUAAAAAACUUAACACUUUGGUUUUACUUUGAGGUAAUGUAACUUUUAAGUUAAAAGAUAAACAUUAAGUAAAAAAACAGGAUAAUCAUGAAAAUUUCAUCUAUUAGAGUAUUCUAAAAUAACUUAUUGGUAGCUGUUUCUUCCAAACAAGAUGAGUGAAAUUUUCUUGAUUAUAAAUUUAUUAUUAUUUUUUAUUUUUAAAUGGACAAUAUGAUUUUGAAGAUUUAUAAUCAAUCUGCUUUCAUAAAAUUUCAGCUAAAAAUAAUUUUGACUGUAACCUAAUAUUGGAAUCUUUACAAGAUGAUGGUGAUUUUAAAGUAGGAUAUACUAACUUAGUUUGCUUUAUGAUGAUGGUUUAAUGGAGGUUUCAUAACCUUUCUUUUGUCUUAACUCAGAAAAAUAUAUGUCAGAGUUCUGGAAUAUGUUUUAGCCAAGAAUUUUAUUCACUUAAAUAUGUUUACAACUUGUAGAAAGCAAAAAAGAAUGUGUGACUAUAGUGAGCAAUAUAGUUUUGCUUACAUUACUUGAUGUUUGCCAAAAGGAAAAUAAAGAUGAAUUAAUUA